UAGUAGAACGCGCGGAGCUCGUAAUCAGUUUCACGUUCUUCGUAUGACGACAAAUCCCGCUGACAAGGAAUGUGUUGAACAGCUGAUUGGCUUCCGGUUUGUAAGUUGCCACAAACAUUUGAGCUUUUCGCAUACAAAUGUGUUUUUAACAAAAAAUCGAACCAUUCGUCAUUUCAUUUGGACAUUUUCAACUAGGCCUUAUUAGGUAGGCCUACUGUAUAUUGAUGUAUGCUAAAGGGAAUUUGCAUUACAUAGCUGCCCGGUAGACAUUAUUGCAUGAAGUAACGUUAACAAGAUCAAUUGACAUUUAGAAAUAUUUUACCCGUGGUACUGCAUCGUAAAUAUAUAUACUCAAGUUACGCAUUUCUUUUAUUCCAUUCUAUAAGAAUGUGUAGUAAAAUUACAAAUGAGUACGAGUCGUCUGCUUGUUCGCCAGACCACAGCGGGAUUAGUUCUGAGCCCGCAAGCCCAAAAGGUACUACGGAUUCAAUAGUUUACACCGCGGACAUUCCAAAUUAUGAAGAAAACGAGGGAGAUGGUGGUUAUGAUACACCGUAUUACGUCGUUAUCAACGGGAACACACUCAAAAGAGUAACAGAAGCUGAAUUACAGAUGCUAGAAAAACAAAGCACCCCAAGAGCGGGGGCGGAAGCAGACAUUGAAAAAUUGAAAAGGUCAGCUCAAAACGAAGAUGCUGUUCCAGUUUUGGACAGUUCUUUUGGCGAGGACAACCUUCUAGCUCACAUUUCUAGACAAGUUGGUCUACAGCAACAAUUGCUCUGCUCUGCUAUGGAUGGGACAUUGCAAGACAGUUAUACUGAGAAGGGUUUGCCACAGUACCAGGUAGAGGAGAGAGAAGACCCUGCAGGUACCAGCAGUGUGAAUGACCAUUACACAAUACUUCCUAACCUUCUCAACCAGCCACAUAUCCCUAUGUCUUGGCCUGUAGGCUUGACACCUUCAAUUGCCACUGGAAACAUCCAAUCUACACCAGUAAACUCAUCAGCUCACUUGCCUGGUUCAAUUCUUCGUCAACAGAAUGGUGCAAGUUUGAUAACAAGCACUCCUGUGACCAGCCAGAGAACAUUACAACCCGUCCAGAUAGGACAGGACCACUGUCUAUUUACCCCACAUCCCAAGACUGGACAGCUGCUGUACUUAGCACCUAGUGAUGGAUCCUCGCCUCAGCUAUUCCAGCAACUCACUCCUACAGCCAACACUCCAAACACCUCUGGUUUUGUUACACCAAACUUACGAGAACACAGUAAGCCAGCAAUGAAGCUGAACAGCAGUGGAGAAGAUGAGGACAGUUCUAACAACUGCUCAUCCAAUAGUCCCCCAACUCCUCUAGACUCGAGCUCAGAUCGUGACAGCAUGCAGUUUGAGCUGUCCUUGUUUAACAACACCGGGGAAGAGAGUAGGGAACAACACAAUAUGAAGGAGAGACGCAGGAGAUUAAGAAUCAAGGAUGCUUGUGAUGUAAUGCGUAAGCUGGUCCCCGGAAUGUCUGAUAAAACUGACAAGGCAACAGUGUUUGAGUUUGGAGCACGAUACAUUCAUUUCCUAAAAGGAUUUAUAGGAAAUAAACAUGACAAGGAAUUCCUUAUUAAGUACAGUCCAUACUGACUUAUUUGUGGAUCAAUCGACUUUCUGGCAGCUGAGAGGAAAGCUGCAGAUUUUCAAGUCGUGAAUUGUGAAAAUUUGAAAACAUGCAUCUAGGAGGGAAAGAUAUAAAAACAUAGUGAAAGUUUUGAUUUUGAAAUAUUUCCAUUACAUUAUUUAGCCUCUUCAUUAUUCUACCUUUAAAGUCAUGACUGAUGUAUCCGACAAAAAACUGUUCAAGAUAUAACAUAGUUAUAUUCAUAUUGCUACUUGACUUUUUUUGGUAAUUAUAGGCUAUGUAUUAUCUUAAGACAAUGUACAUUUUUAUUAGCAUAAGAGUAUUUUAAAUGUCAUUUUUAGGAAAAUGUUUAAACAUGUAUCAAAACCGAAACAGGAUUCACAGGUAAGAAUGCGAAAUCAGAGUGAAACAGAGUAUUGUACAUGUAUGUGUUUGAAUGUUGUGUAUGAAGUAGAAUCAGUUUCAAUAAUUAUGUUAAUUAAGUCCUCAUUUGUAAUAUCUAGACAUGUAAAUCAGCUUUAAUCAUUUAAUAUGAAAAUUCAGUAUUUCGUAUUAUUGUAAAUGUCAGACUUAACUUGUGUAACAAAUGUUUUAGAAUUUUAAUAGCUGUAAGGCUUUGAGCAACUGGAUACUGUUGUUACAAUCCUCUACAGCAAUAUAGAUGUAAGAGUAGCAUUAUCAUAACUAACAGAAGUUGGAUGAUAAUUGAUUUCAAAAUAAUUAUACCUGUUUUUAUUUCCUUUUAAAUUUUUAUCUUAAUUUGUGAAAUAUGUCUCUAGAGGUAUACUGUGUAUGUUGAUCCAUAAAUAGUAUAUAGAAAUUAUCAUGGGAAAUUUCUGUUAAAACAAGAUUAUAUCUUUUUGAAAGAAUGUCUUAAGUGUUUGUUUGUAUUUGACAAGCAUAUUUGUAUGUAAAGCCACUAUUUAAGCCAGUAUCAACAUGACCAACAAGUAUUUUAUUAAAGUAUAUGA